CUUUGCGCGAAAUUCACAUCAAGGACGAUGUCACUGUUCGAGUCUUAUGAGAAACAGUAUGGGAAUCUGACUAGCGACAUAACAUUCAAGCUAGGAAAAAUCCCCCAGUUAAGUGGUGGUGAAAGGGCGAAAGAAGUACAUGAUGUGUCAAUACUUUUUGACGAGACAAAGGAGUUAAUUGAACAGAUGUCUCUGGAAAUUCAGGAAAUGCGAUCUGACAUCCGUCCCAAAUUUCAAAAUAGGCUUGAGUGUUACCGAAAAGAAUUAGGAAAACUCACGACAGAAUUCCGGCGACCGCGGUAUGCCGUUCGGCGCCCUGACCAUAAGGAUUCAUGCGGUUCCGAUGAUAAGGACAAUUUACACGAAGAGGUUUUGUUUGAUACAGACAUGAGAGCUCAACUUCUGAGCAACACUGAACGAAUAUCUCGGACUACUACCAAAUUGGAAGAUGGUGUGCGAGUUGCUUUGGAAACAGAAGAAGUAGGUGGUCAUAUACUACAAGACUUAAGCGAGCAACGAGAAAAACUUCAAAAAAGUAGAGACAGGCUUCGUCAGGCAGAUUCUGAUCUGAAAAAGAGCUCUCGAAUACUUUCAGUAAUGACUCGCAGAAUUCUUCAAAACAAGUUCCUUCUGAUCACUGUGAUAUUUCUGAUUGUGUUAAUAUUUUUCUUAACCAUAUAUCUGGUCACCCGUCGUGCGACAACACACGCGAACUCGUCUUCUGCUACAAUAAACUCAUCUCACCCAUGAUAUGUAGUUAUGUGUUUAUGUUUCUGUAGGUGGUUCUUUUUACACCUAAGCAGACAAAGUGGUUUUUAUUUAUUCAUAACUAUCUCAUUUUGUACUCCGGUAUAGCGUAUCUCAUCACAGUACCUAUUCUUUUUUGAAAAGUUUAAUUACAAUAAGUUGUACUUCCGAACAAGAAUCAUCAAUUUGCUGUUCAUCAUUACUUUUUAUUUGGUUUCUUCUGUUUUAUACCUUAUUUCUUUGACGGUUAGUUUGCUAAUAUCAUUAAAAAAUGUCAUAAAGGUAUAUAUAAGUGCUGUAUUUUUAAUAUACUAUAGUGACAAGUGUGCAU